AUUUCGCGGUUGUGUUUGAGAACGAAAUAGCAUUAGAGAAUCUUGGAUUUUCCAAAUUUAGUACUAACUGGGUCCUAUUUUCGACAGCAAAACUAACUUAUGAAUUCAACACAAUCUAAUAAAUCGGAGUAUCUGUCUACUGUCGAUAGGCUAUAUGACUUAUCUGAGAAACUGAAAACCCAAGAUUUUGUUAUCAACUUAUAUAUCAAUCGAUUAUGGAGAAAGGGCAUUCAGGUUCCUGAUCAAUGUUUAGCAGCAUCAAGCGAACAUCAGCGCUAUGCUAAAGUGGAGAAACAUUUGAGGGAAAAAUUAAGAAAGGUAGAAAAAGAGGAAGAAUUGUGGAAAAGAAGAGCUAACGAACUGACAACCAAACUAUUAGGUUUAGCUACACUUCAACAUCAAAAUCCCCCAGGAAAUGUUCGUGAAAACCCCAUAUUUAAUCAGCAGUUUCAGACUAUGGUAGAAGAUUUCAACGAAGAAGAGAAAGAUAAAGUAGAAAUAAACAAAAAUAUAUCAAAAUUAGAAAAACAAAUUGAAAAAUCUAAAAAACUGCUAUCGAGUGCUGUAUCAAGCACUGAACCUCAAGAUGAAAAACUACGCAGGCUAGCAAUAGAAAGAAAGGCAGCUGUUGACUCUGCUCCUUCUGGUACACAAGUCUACCAGGACACUCUUGAUCAGAAAUAG